AUGCGUUCGUCGAGUUCAAAUGAAGACCAGUGCCUGUUCUGCGGGAAAACGGAGGCUCAAUCCACGGACAUCGACUGGGUACAAUGCUCUGCGUGUAUGUUUUGGGCUCACUUUUCUUGUGCUGGUGUUGACCAGGAAAUAGCCAAAACGGAUUGGCAUUGCCCGCAGUGUGUGCGGCCUGAUGUACAGCAGUUAAGAGUUCCGCAGCCUUCUACAAAAAGGCGGGCCAAGAAAUCCGGCGCAAAAAGUGAUGCAGGGUCUGACCAAGGAGCUGGUUCCGCCAAGGAUCCGUCUGAGCAGCAGUCGGAAGAGGAACAGCUGAUGAGAGAGACCUUUGCAAAGCAAAUGGAGGCGCGGAAAGCGCAGCUCGCCAGGAAGAAGGCCCUGUUGGAACUGCAAAUGCAGCAAGAGUGGGAGAUGCGUGAGCAGGAGCUCCAGUUCCAGCGUGAGAUGGAGGAGUUACAACUGGAACAGGAACGGAAAGUGCUGGACCAGCAACUUGCCGCAGAAAAAGAGUUCCUGCGUAAGAGGAAUGCUAUUCGAAGAGAGAUAGACGAUAGCAUUCAGAGGGUACACGCGCUAAAGGAUGACGCAGCUGAUGUUGCGGGCGCAGUCGGUGGUGUACCGGACGAGAAAUCGAAGCAGAAGGUGACAACAUGGCUGCAGGAGAAAGUGACUACCGAGUCAAUGGUAGGUAAAAGUCGGGGUGCUACUCCAAAAGCAGGACUGCGGCGUAACCAAACGGAGGUUCCACAGUCAAAAAAGCAGGGUACAGAAGGCAGCGAGGUAGAUAGUGAUGGGAGUGCAUGCAGUGCUGUAUUCGAAAAGAAUGUGAAAAAUAGUGUACAUGGCAGUAUUCGUACCACGAUAGAUGGGCCGGGGCGAAAUGUAGGUCGAAUCUCAAGAGAUCAGUUGGCCGCUCGGAAGGCGGUAUCGCAUAGUCUUCCUAAGUUCAGGGGGGAACCAGAAGUUUGGCCCCUGUUUAUUAGUAGUUAUGUGUAUACGACAGAGGCUUGCGGAUUUUCUAAUCUAGAGAAUCUGAAGCGGUUACAGGACUGCUUGAUGGGCGAUGCUCUCGAAGCAGUUAGGAGUCGGCUGGUGAUGCCAGACUCUGUUCCGGACGUGAUUCAAGAUCUUCGAAAUCUGUUCGGAAAGCCGGAGAAGUUGCUCAGACUUUGUUGGGAAAGGUAA